UUGACGAGCAGACGACAACAUGACGUGCACUGACGUGACGUGACCAGCUGACAGUGGCCUGCCGAAGUUUUGCUAUUUUUCUCAGCUUUUCCAGUCGAUUUCAAGAAGCAGUUGCACCAACAGAAUUGACUUAUAAGUUGAGAAAGAAGUAGAAAACACGUGCAGUAUAAAAUAAUGAGUAAAUCUAAGGAUUCAGAUGCCGUGACUGCCAUUUUAGACUAUCUGAACCGACAGAACAGACCCUACAGUGCAAUCGAUGUCUUCAAUAACCUACAUAAGGAGUUUGGAAAAACAGCUGUAGUAAGAGCACUGGAGGACCUUGCACAGAAUGGCAAGAUCAAAGAGAAAGUUUACGGCAAACAGAAGGUGUAUGUGGCCGACCAGAGUCAGUUUCCUGAUGUUGACGACUCGGAGUUGAAGACAAUGGACACCCAAAUUAAGGAACUCCAAGACAAACUACAAAAGACACAGAGCACUUGUAAACAUCAAGAGCAAGAGUUGCGAUCUAUUGAUACCUCAAUGAGUACAGAACAAGCAAGGGAACGACUGGAACAAGUCAACCAAGAGAUUGAGUGCAACAAGGAGAAGUUGGCAACCCUCACGUCCGCCACCAACCACGUCAGGCCAGAAGAAAAGGACAAAAUCUAUGCCAAUCAAGCCAAAUAUGUCAAGGGGUGGAAGAAGAGAAAGAGAAUGACAAUGGACAUAGUCAACGCAAUCCUGGAAGGCUACCCCAAGACCAAGAAACAAUUAUUCGAGGAUGUUGGGCUGGAAACUGAUGAGGAAUACAACGUGAAAAUUCCUGAAUAGCGCCAAAAAAAACUGAGGAGUGAAAUAAGAGAAAGUGUUCCUGAUUAAGCUGGCUGUGCCAUUCCAAAUCCAGCGGCAUUUACUCUACUGCGUUAUUCUAAAUCCAGAGGGCCUCUACUACUGUUUCCAACUUUUGGCAGGGCCGUUCCAAAUCCAGAGCAACCUACAUACUGCAAUUCUAUGCCCAGAGGGAACUGCAUUACAAGCCAUCUUGGUUCCAAGUAUGUUGGUUCAGUAAUCUAAUACAAGAAUUAAACAACGCAGUAUGAGACACCCAUUGUACUUUCACCAUAAAAUUCAUAUUAUAAUUUUCAUUAUUCUGCAUGAUUCACAUUUUCAAUGUGCAGCAAAAAAAGAAACGUCACUCGGAAAGCGUGAUACUUAGCCAUUGUACAAUCUUUGGUUAAAACUCUAUUCUGUACAAUCAUCAACACUGGUAAUAAAUGCGAUAGGAAAAUACACAUUGUGUAUGUACAUAACUGAACACUACAGCUGCUUUGCAAAGAAAUCAGUGGAUUAGCAGCAACAGAUACAUAAUACAAGACAAAAACAAUAGUCUUCAUUUGAGAAACAAUACACUGAUAAUAGAAUCAUCCUUCAGGAUGGAUGAUUCGCUUCAUGAAUACAUUCGGUUCCUGGAAAUCAGAGCAUCAAUUAUAUAAAGUCGUUAAUUGAGAGCUUGACCACUUUUUUACGGCAAAUAAGUACAAAUAUGUUUAAGCACCAUACAUCUGAGGUGGUGUAAGUCUUUUCCAAGAUUUCUGUAAUUUAUUUUUUCUCUUUUUAAUAUUUUGGGGAACCUUACUAAAUAGUAGCAUUCUUGUGACCUGUUAAUGUUUUUAGGCAUGAAAUUGGGACUAGCAUGACUAUUACUGAUUCCUAGAGUCCGAGGUCCCCUCCUACUCCUUUCAUUAACACUAAGUUUAUCACGACUUAUCAUGACGUACAUUGACUAAAACACUUGACGCAAACCACUAUUUAUUUAUAUUAAAGGUCAAAGUCACUUGUUAAUAUUUCAGUUUGUACGUAGUAUAACAUGCAGAUUGUUGUACCCAUUUACGUGUCCACAGAUUAACUGUGACCAAAGAAAGAUUAACCCUCACGCUGAUUUAAAAAAAAGCCAAAUUAAGGUCUUAAUUAGCUGCGUGUGUAAUAUAUGGAAGGAUGUUUACAUAUAACGAGCCUUUUAGAGGUCGCCGAUAAUUUUGUUGUGACGUCAUAUCCUUUGGCAAUUAAGACGCUAAUUGUUCAAUGUUGAUGGAGCCAUAAGGAUUAGAUGAAAUGACUUCCACUUGGUCAGAAUUUUUAAAUGGAAAUGACAGGUGUUUACACAGCUUACACGG